AUGCCUAGAGACGAUCUGUCGAUCGACUGGGUCAGGAAGAUGCCGGCGGCCGAGGCCCUCGACCCAGCUAUCGUCCUCGAUGACUGGAUCAACCGCGUCCAGAACCUCCCCGAGGAGAUCCGCUUUAUGCAAGACGAGAUUGCCGACAAGGACAGGCAAUACCAGGAAUGUGUCAAGCUUGUUGAUGACCGUGACGGCAAGAUACAAAAAUGGAUCAAGGCUCAAGGCAGCCAUGAGGUCAACCCGAAGGAAGACGGCCUGAGAUCGCAAAUUCGCGAUAACUUUGCGCGCGCAGACAGGCUGGCAACCGAAAAGAUCAACUUGACGCAGCGACUACAGGCCAACAUGGACAAACAUCUACGAAACCUUGACCAGCACAUCAAGCUACUCUACGAUCGCGCCGAGCCUGGUUUCAACGACCCCGACGAAUGCCCCUCUCUUCUCAGGCCGAGUGCUGCAAACCACUCUGCGCCGUCCGCGCGUGCCGUCAACCCCAGCAGCCACCCCUCCGCGACCGCUGCUGUGAAUGCUACGCCUCUUGGGCCUUUGGUCAACUCCGCCACGCCGACCGCCGCACGCGCGACCAACCCUCAAGUCCGAACCGCCCAGGCACAACAACAUGCGGCUUCCGCCCCGGCAACGCCGGCUGCGAGUAUGAUUCUCAAUCGACAGGCGCGCGAGACCUCCGCUGGCCCGGGAAGUGGGGCACCGAAGCGUGGACCUCGAGCCAACUCUGGACUGGGCAAUCUACCUUCAGCGUCCAGCGCACUCGCCAGACACUCGUCCCUAGGCCCCGGGACUCCGAAGGGCUCUGCGGGACCAGGUACGGCCGCUGCCACUGUUCGUGCCGGCAGCGCUGGUCCCCGGUCCGCCUCUCAAAAAGCGCUGAGCGUGUCAGGCCUAGGCCGCAAGGGCACUCCGAACGGAGUCAAUCGCAAAAAGGCACCGAAGUCGUCGCUAUCACGGGUGAAAAAGUCUGGCAACAGAAACUCGCCUGCGUCUACAGCAGACAGUGAGUUGUCGGAAGCGGAGAGUGCAAGCAUGGACGAUGGCGAUGAGCGGCGACUGGACCGAGCCAGCGGCACACCCAACCGAGAAGGCAAAGAUGGAGACGGCGACGAGAGCAUGGGCGAGGCGGACGACGACGAUGCUGGAGAUGACAAGAAAUACUGCACAUGCCAGAAUGUUAGUUUCGGCGACAUGGUGGCUUGCGAUAACGACGACUGUCCCUAUGAGUGGUUCCAUUGGUCCUGCGUUGGUCUCAAGAGCGAACCCAACGGGACCUGGUAUUGUCCAGUUUGCACGGAGAAGAUGGGCAAGAAGAAGUGA